AUGGCGCUGCGGGCGGCUAACUGUGUGGUAACUGGCCCUAACGGCAGGUCAGGAGUCAUGCUCUGGGUCAGGUACUGGAACAGAAAGUUGUCUGUACUGACGCUGGGUGCACGAAACCACCCAUCUGCAAUGUAAUACUUUAGUUGCUAGCUGUAGUCCCUGCAUUGAUGAAGAGUUCUAAAAAGUUCCUCUCAGUCGUCAGUGAAUGUCCCUGUGAAUUGUUCUAACCUGUCCCCUUUCUCUUCCCUUCCCCUACAGGAAGUCUAAGACGAAGCCCAAUGGGAAGAAGCCGCAAGCGGAAGAGAAGAAGCAGUAUCUGGAGGCGGAGUUCACAAAAGUACGCGUGGUCGACUUCGACCUCAAAGAGCUGGUGCUGCUGCCCAGGGAGAUAGACCUCAACGAAUGGCUCGCCAGCAACAGUGAGUUACCAGCAGCUAAUGACAUUGUUAAAACAUAUUUGGGUCGUGUUGAGGUUCCACUAGUCUGUCCAGACACAAGAUAACGCUUCCAGAAAAGCUAAACACCCUACAGAUUUACUUAAAUAUUACCCCGGUACUCAGGCAUCUGAAUUUCUGCCUUGUCAGUGUCUUUGGAUGUGUAUUCAAUAACAGCACUGCAGCUUAAUCCUCAAGAAGUUUAGCUCCAGGUGCAGCUCCUUACGUUAUAUAAUGACUCUAUAAGAACAACAGUAUCUCAGGGCUACCAAUCAUCUCAGAGGUUCCAAUCAUCUCAGGCAUCUCCAUCUUAGACAUCUCCUCUGGAAGAGUCUGAACCCCUGUAAUGCCCUGCAGGAUGAAACGACUAAAUCCUCCAUUGACAAUCCACUGCCUGUUCUAUACAGUGUUUUAUCUAGUGCCUUCUCCUAUUAUCAUAAACAUUAUACUAUACAAGAAUAUCUGCUGUUGAUAGUUUACAGGCAUCUUAGGCAUCUUCUCUGGGGGUUUGUAAGUCCUGUAACACCACGUGUUCUCAGUGUGGGUUGUUUUAUCAGCCUGUGUUGAGGAACAGCCUUAUGUAAAAUCUAAUGGAACACGUUUGAGCCUGUGAAGAGAAACAGACAUGUGUAAAAACAAAAUGGAAUUCGUUUUAGCCUGCGUUGAGAAACAACCUUAUGUAAAAUCUAAUGGAACGCGUUUGAGCCUGUGAAGAGAAACAGACGUGUGUAAAAACAAAAUGGAAUUCGUUUUAGCCUGCGUUGAGAAACAGCCUUAUGUUAAAACAAAAUGGAAUGCAUUUUAGCCUGUGAAAAGAAACAGACUUAUUAUGUAAAACAAAUGGAACACGUUUUAGCCUGCGAAGGUAUUUUUCGGCAUGAAAUCAGGGAGUUACGCAACUAGGCCAAGCCCCGUCCGUAUCGACCACUAAUAGAAUUAGCCUUUGAACUCAAACGGCACUCGUCUUGGGAAGAAUGUUUUUGACUUCAGACACUUUUUAUGUGAACUGUCUGUUAACAACGUUGUAUGCUAUGUACAUUUGGCCACAAACAUUUCCCAAAGAAGAAGCCUGAGAAACAUACAAAGAAGUUGCAAAAAUAGUGGUAAUGAAUGGAGCCAACAGUUCAGUUACCUGCCAAUACCUCCAACCUCCUCCCCCUCUCCGUCUUAUACCUGGGGCAGAACUGUACAGUUCAAAGUGUUGCAUAUGGCGUGAAAUAUAGUGAAGAUUACCAAAGCUGUGGCUCCCCAGGGUCGGGAUUGUUGUCCCAUUCACUGUAAACAUUACACUGCAGAAUUAUUGUGUUCAAGAACAGUACUUACUUGGAUCAAAUAGCAUAUCAAAUACUUCAAAGUAGCAGCCUAAAUAUUUGAAAGCAUUUGAUGUACAGUUGAAGUCGGAAGUUUACAUACACUUAGGUUGGAGUCAUUAAAACUCGUUUUUCAACCACUCCACAAAUUUCUUGUUAACAAACUAUAGUUUUGGCAAGUCGGUUAGGACAUCUACUUUGUGCAUGACACAAGUAAUUUUUCCAACAAUUGUUUACAGACAAAUUAUUUCACUUAUAAUUCACUGUAUCACAAUUCCAGUGGGUCAGAAGUUUACAUGCACUAAGUUGACUGUGCUUUUAAACAACUUGGAAAAUUCCAGAAAAUAAUGUCAUGGCUUUAGAAGCUUCUGAUAGGCUAAUUAACAUAUUUUGAGUCAAUUGGAGGUGUACCUGUGGAUGUAUUUCAAGGCCUACCUUCAAACUCAGUGCCUCUCUGCUUGACAUCAUGGGAAAAUCAAAAGAAAUCAGCCAAGACCUCAGAAAAAAAAUUGUAGACCUCCACAGGUCUGGUUCAUCCUUGGGAGCAAUUUCCAAACGCCUGAAGGUACCGCGUUCAUCUGUACAAACAAUAGUACGCAAGUAUAAACACCAUGGGACCACGCAGCCGUCAUACCACUCAGGAAGGAGACGCGUUCUGUCUCCUAGAGAUGAACGUACUUUGGUGCGAAAAGUGCAAAUCAAUCCCAGAACAACAGCAACGGAUGCUGGAGGAAACAGGUACAAAAGUAUCUAUAUCCACAGUAAAACAAGUCUUAUAUCGACAUAAUCUGAAAGGCCGCUCAGCAAGGAAGAAGCCACUGCUCCAAAACCGCCAUAAAAAAGCCAGACUACGGUUUGCAAAUGCACAUGGGCAAAAAUAUCAUACUUUUUGGAGAAAUGUCCUUUGGUCUGAUGAAACAAAAAUAGAACUGUUUGGCCAUAAUGACCAUCGUUAUGUUUGGAGGAAAAAGGGGGAGCUUGCAAGCCGAUGAACACCAUCCCAACCGUGAAGCACGGGGGUGGCAGCAUCAUGCUGUGGGGGUGCUUUGCUGCAGGAGGGACUGGUGCACUUCACAAAAUAGAUGGCAUCAUGAGGAAGGAAAAUUAUGUGGAUAUAUUGAAGCAACAUCUCAAGACAUCAGUCAGGAAGUUAAAGCUUAGUUGCAAAUGGGUCUUCCAAAUGGACAAUGACCCCAAGCAUACUUCCAAAGUUGUGGCAAAAUGGCUUAAGGACAACAAAGUCAAGGUAUUGGAGUGGCCAUCACAAAGCCCUGACCUCAAUCCUAUAGAACAUUUGUGGGCAGAGCUGAAAAAGCAUGUGCGAGCAAGGAGGCCUACAAACCUGACUCAGUUACACCAACUCUGUCAGGAGGAAUGGGCCAAAAUUCACCCAAUUUAUUGUGGGAAGCUUGUGGAAGGCUACCCGAAACGUUUGACCCAAGUUAAACAAUUUAAAGGCAAUGCUACAAAAUACUAAUUGAGUGUAUGUAAACUUCUGACCCACUGGGAAUUUAUGAAAGAAAUAAAAGCUGAAAUAAAUAAUUCUCUCUACUAUUAUUCUGACAUUUCACAUUCUUAAAAUAAAGUGGUGAUCCUAACUGACCUAAGACAGGGAAUUUUGAUUAGGAUUAAAUGUCAGGAAUUGUGAAAAACUGAGUUUAAAUGUAUUUGGAUAAGGUGUAUGUAAACCUCCGACUUCAACUGUACAUAUAUACGUAUAUAUACACACGUAUACAUACACUGUAAGUCGCUCUGGAUAAGAGCGUCUGCUAAAUGAUAUAAAUGUGUGUGUAAAGUUCCGACUUUAACUGUAUGUAGGCUAUUUGACCGAGGCUAGGCCUUGAGCAGACUGUGGCUAUUACUGAGUGUAAUAAUGAGUGUAUUUCUCUUCUCCCUCUUCAGCGACGACCUUCUUCAAUCUAAUAAACCUGCAGUACAGCACCAUCUCAGAGUUCUGCACUGGGGACACCUGUCAAGCCAUGACGGCCUGCAACACGUAAGUCACUUCCCCUACCAUUGGUUUAUUCAUCAGUUCUCUGGCCUCCAAUUGGGUUAUUUAUCAGAAGUCUCAUAUCCCAUUGGAUAAUUUAUCAAGGAUGCACUGACACAGCAACAGACCAUCUGUUGAUAGCAGGAGAGCUUUUGACCGCAGGGCUGUACUCCCUGUUCCCUAUGUCUUUCUGUUGUUUGUGUUCUCUCUCUAUCUCUGUCUGUCUGUCUGUGUGUUCUGUACAGUUGAGAACUGCUGAGUUAUCUAAUGCUAGUGAGAGAAUGUCGGAAUAUGCAGCGAGUAUUCUCCAAUCGCAUUAGCCUUUCUGAGGUGCCUUGUGUUCCUAUCUGGACUGGCGCAUAGUGAGGUCUCUGCACUUAGAAUACAGUGUUCCUAUCUGGACUGGUGCAUAGUGAGGUCUCUGCACUUAGAAUAUAGUGUUCCUAUCUGGACUGGUGCAUAGUGAGGUCUCUGCACUUAGAAUACAGUGUUCCUAUCUGGACUGGCGCAUAGUGAGGUCUCUGCACUUAGAAUAUAGUGUUCCUAUCUGGACUGGUGCAUAGUGAGGUCUCUGCACUUAGAAUACAGUGUUCCUAUCUGGACUGGUGCAUAGUGAGGUCUCUGCACUUAGAAUACAGUGUUCCUAUCUGGACUGGUGCAUAGUGAGGUCUCUGCACUUAGAAUAUAGUGUUCCUAUCUGGACUGGUGCAUAGUGAGGUCUCUGCACUUAGAAUACAGUGUUCCUAUCUGGACUGGUGCAUAGUGAGGUCUCUGCACUUAGAAUAUAGUGUUCCUAUCUGGACUGGCACAUAGUGAGUUCACAGUGUUCCCAGAUAGAGAGCAGAGAUCAAACCGUUCUGAGGAGAUGAUGACGUUGGAGAUGUGGCCAUUUUGUUUCUGUGCGUUCCAAUGCCAAGUAAACUAGAAGGGACCAUCUAGCUAAUAGUUCUGGUCCUUUUGAACAUAUAGAACGUAUUAUGUGCGAACACGAGUCAUCACUAUACCAGCCCUCCUAUGAUAGUUUAGCUCAGAAGUCCAAACAGGGUCUUAAAAUAUCACCUUCAUCCUUCGUUGUUCAUAAAGGAAUGCCUUUACUCUGUACAGAGAGCUAUCGACUGCUAUUGUUUAUCUGCCUCCAUAAAAAAGCCAGUGCGCACCGCUACAGUAGUAAAAAAGUGUUAAAGACAGUCAUAACAUGGAGGCCUAUUCAUCCCUGUCUAGCAGAGUGGAGGAGGUUGACUGUGAGUAUUUACCCAAUGAGUUGACCGUGUCAGGGCGGGGUGUCUUCAUGUGUGAGACCUUCUCUUUGAAAAGAGGCUGCCCUCACCUACACCUACUUAUAGGACUGAUCCCUCACACAUUUAGGCUAAACCACACACAUACACACACACACACACUCACUCACACACACACACACACACACACACACACUCACUCACACAGGGAGAAACAUGACAGUGACAGAGAAAAAAACGAACAAUGGAGAAGCCGUUGAGAAAUGACAGAUUUAUUGUCAGGUGACAAACGUCACAGGGUUGACCCCAUUUAACGUUACUGUAUUUUUCCACACAUGCUGUAACCUUUUUUGCUACUGUGGGUGACCCACACCCUAAACAGUGGGAGAGGCUAUCUGAUGUUCUGUGUAAAGUAUGUGAAGGAACCCUGUAUGGUUAAGCCUAAUCUUAGGUUACAAUACUAGGCUACAUGGUAGCAAACAGCAAAAUAGAGGUGGCUAUACAAAGUGUGCAAUAUUGUAGUGAAGUACAUUUCCACUACCCAAACCCCAUGAACCCGGAAGCUCCCAGUGUUUCCAAGGAGGGUUGUAGCCGUAGGCUGUAAUAUCUGUGGAGACCUCCAGUCAGCCAGCCAGCCAGUCAGUCAAUCAGCCAGCCAGUCCUCCAGCCAGUCAGCCAGCCAGCCAGUCAGUCAGUCAGCCAGCCAGCCAGUCAGUCAGUCAGCCAGUCCUCCAGCCAGCCAGUCAGCCAGCCAGUCCUCCAGCCAGCCAGUCAGCCAGCCAGUCAGUCAGCCAGCCAGUCCUCCAGCCAGCCAGCCAGUCCUCCAGCCAGCCAGCCAGUCAGUCAGCCAGUCCUCCAGCCAGCCAGCCAGUCAGCCAGCCAGCCAGUCCAGCCAGCCAGUCCAGCCAGCCAGCCAGCCAGCCAGCCAGCCAGCCAGCCAGUCCUCCAGCCAGCCAGCCAGUCCUCCAGUCAGCCAGCCAGCCAGUCCUCCAGCCAGCCAGCCAGCCAGCCAGCCAGCCAGUCUAAUGGUGUACCACAGUAACAGCACCCCGCCUUUUCCUUCGUCCGCCUGGCAGGAACACACCCAUCCCACAACUGAGACACACAGUCACAGUCCACGCCCCCUUGCCCCAGGCAUUGUGAAGCUAUUUUAGGGGGAACUUUCCAUGAGCAAUGGGAACUGGUCCAUUUGGUAGUUAUCUAAGCCCAUUUUCUGUGGGUGAGUGAAUGGGCGGGUUGGUGUGUGGGUGUGUUUUUUGGUGGGCUGUGUCAGUCUUUGUAAGCGUGUCUGUUUUGGGGUAUGUGGGUGUAUGUCAGUCUGUGUUUUGGGGUAUGUGGGUGUAUGUCAGUCUGUGUUUUGGGGUAGGUGGGUGUAUGUCAGUCUGUGUUUUGGGGUAGGUGGGUGUAUGUCAGUCUGUGUUUUGGGGUAGGUGGGUGUAUGUCAGUCUGUGUUUUGGGGUAGGUGGGUGUAUGUGUGUAUUAGCCUAGUGAGUGUUAGUGCUGUAAUCUCCUCAGUGUGGAGUCCUUGACCUGGGCCUGGACCUGUGGUCAGUAGGUCCUCAGUGUGGAGUCCUUGACCUGGGCCUGGACCUGUGGUCAGUAGGUCCUCAGUGUGGAGUCCUUGACCUGGGCCUGGUCCUCUGGUCAGUAGGUCCUCAGUGUGGAGUCCUUGACCUGGGCCUGGUCCUCUGGUCAGUAGGUCCUCAGUGUGGAGUCCUUGACCUGGGCCUGGUCCUGUGGUCAGUAGGUCCUCAGUGUGGAGUCCUUGACCUGGGCCUGGUCCUCUGGUCAGUAGGUCCUCAGUGUGGAGUCCUUGACCUGGGCCUGGUCCUCUGGUCAGUAGGUCCUCAGUGUGGAGUCCUUGACCUGGGCCUGGUCCUCUGGUCAGUAGGUCCUCAGUGUGGAGUCCUUGACCUGGGCCUGGUCCUCUGGUCAGUAGGUCCUCAGUGUGGAGUCCUUGACCUGGACCUGGUCCUGUGGUCAGUAGGUCCUCAGUGUGGAGUCCUUGACCUGGCCCUGGUCCUCUGGUCAGUAGGUCCUCAGUGUGGAGUCCUUGACCUGGGCCUGGUCCUCUGGUCAGUAGGUCCUCAGUGUGGAGUCCUUGACCUGGGCCUGGUCCUGUGGUCAGUAGGUCCUCAGUGUGGAGUCCUUGACCUGGGCCUGGUCCUCUGGUCAGUAGGUCCUCAGUGUGGAGUCCUUGACCUGGGCCUGGUCCUGUGGUCAGUAGGUCCUCAGUGUGGAGUCCUUGACCUGGGCCUGGUCCUCUGGUCAGUAGGUCCUCAGUGUGGAGUCCUUGACCUGGGCCUGGUCCUCUGGUCAGUAGGUCCUCAGUGUGGAGUCCUUGACCUGGGCCUGGUCCUCUGGUCAGUAGGUCCUCAGUGUGGAGUCCUUGACCUGGGCCUGGUCCUGUGGUCAGUAGGUCCUCAGUGUGGAGUCCUUGACCUGGGCCUGGUCCUCUGGUCAGUAGGUCCUCAGUGUGGAGUCCUUGACCUGGACCUGGUCCUGUGGUCAGUAGGUCCUCAGUGUGGAGUCCUUGACCUGGGCCUGGUCCUCUGGUCAGUAGGUCCUCGGUGUGGAGUCCUUGACCUGGUCCUGUGGUCAGUAGACCCCAGUGUGGAGUCCUUGACCUGGGCCUGGACCUGUGGUAGGUAGGUCCUCAGUGUGGAGUCCUUGACCUGGGCCUGGUCCUGUGGUCAGUAGGUCCUCACUGUGGAGUCCUUGACCUGGGCCUGGUCCUCUGGUCAGUAGGUCCUCAGUGUGGAGUCCUUGACCUGGGCCUGGUCCUGUGGUCAGUAGGUCCUCAGUGUGAAGUCCUUGACCUGGGCCUGGUCCUGUUGUCAGUAGGUCCUCAGUGUGGAGUCCUUGACCUGGUCCUGUGGUCAGUAGGUCCUCAGUGUGAAGUCCCUGGCCUGGCGCUGGUCCUGGUGUUGUGCCUGGUGCUUGUCCUGUGGUCAGUAAGUUCCUCCUACAGUUAUGUGGACGCUGUACAUUCUUCAGGAUUUGUAAUGUCUGCUCCGCUGCCUCUCAGACCACGCAGUGAGCAAAAUUGGUUGAAAGACAUAUUUCCAACAUAUUUUCAACCAAAAAUAUGUCUUCUCGCCAUCUUUUCAACGUCUUGUGCUCAUAGGGAUUCUGCUACUCCAGGCUCCGACUAAGGCUCACUACUCCACCCACCCUUUACCUCUACUGCGUUCUAGCUAGCUUUGAGAUUCAGUCAGACCAUUGUUUACAAGCUUAUUAGCCUUGUAGCUUGACCUUGGUAGAUCCUACAGACCUUGCUAGCUCUGCUCUAGGGCUCAUUUGGUGCCUGUGCUAGAUCAAAGCCAGCCUGUCAGCUACCAUACCCUGCUAGCUUCAUUAGCUAAUAGCUUAUCCUACUGUUAGCUCUGUUUCCCUGUCGCUUUAGCCAUGCUAGCUUUGACCUUGCUAACUCCUAGAUGGGCCUUCCCUGUGAAUUCUGUUAUUUGACUCGUGUGGUGCCUGUGGUAAUGUGUUCUGUAGUUUAUGACCCCUUUUAGCUCUCAUGCCCAGCCUAGCGUCACUAUCCCACUGCUAGCUAUAGUACAGUAUUCCCUGGUCGCCUGUGUCAUGCUAGCCAUGCUAGCUUUGUUUGGCGACUUCACUGACUAGCCAUUUGACCUUGCUAACUCAUGAUACCCUGUGGCUAGCCCUGAGGGGCGGCCUUCAGUUACAGCCACCGUCUAACUGGGUCACCCCUCUCCGGAAAUGUUUGACUGGUCAGAGUGAGCGGCCGUGCGACUGGGGGAUCAGUGUCAUGUUACUCUGAGACUGCAGGGAAUUCGGCCCAAUCAGGAAAUGGAAGGGCCAGGGCAGGGGGUUCACUAAGUCCACUGGAAUGAAAAUAUGCAAACAUGUCUAUUUUAGGAGGUGGUGGGGUUGGCUGGGCUGGAGGCUGUCUGGCAGGUCCACACUAGGGAUGUGACAAAUUGACAUUAUUUUUUGUAUCAGUUUUCCGUUAAAACAAAAUAACAUUUUAAUGAAAUCGUAUUGUGUGGUAUGACCACAAGGGGGCAAUUAAGUUCUAUCGUAGUCAUACAGUAGGCUUAGGCAUUUUGAAUCUGUUUUAUGGCUUCCCGAACAGGCAGGUGAAAUUUUGUCCCGAAGACGACCGCUACUUCACAUUGACUCGUGUUCCUUCCAUUGGUUAUGUGCACUAGCGACUCACAACAAAAGAAAAAACCUAGCCAAGUGAUCACAGUUCUUCUCUCUACAUUUUCAUUUUUCCUCUGUUACAUUUCUCACUCAAUUUCGAUCCGACCGCUCCCUCUACACACACAGGCGCGUGCUGCGCACCCAAGCUUCCAUUAGGCCUACAGAAAUGACUGCCUAUAAAAACGGAUCUAAGUGACUGGAUACAUAAACAAAACUGUAGACAAGCUACAUUCCUUGUCAAAUCACGGCAGCUCUGUCACAGAUUCAAAAUGGACUUGUUGAUUAAAGUAGGGGUAUAUGUGUUCCAACCAUGAGCUGCAGUUUCGGAAUAAUAGAUUAUUAUUAUUAACAAACCUAGACAGGUUCCAGACUGAAAUAUGUUUUGUUGAAGGCAGACAGCAUAUUCAUUAGGCUAGGGGCCUACUUUGUUUCAUGUUUAACAAAAGCCUGCCCACCUAGUUUGAAUUUUCAUCUAGUUUAAGCUCACAGGGCAAAAGAAAACACGCGCCAAAUGCGGCUAUCUACUGGUUAAAAAGCAAAUAAUAUUCGCUUUCUAAUGCUUGUAAUUAUAUGUCCGAACUCCCAUUAGAAAGGGAUUAACACCCUGUUGAAACGGGAGCGAUGUUUCCCCUAUAUGCAUUUAGCAGCGGCGCACCACCACUGAUAAAUCGUGGCCAGCACAACAACAAAAAAAAGAGAAUCUUUGAGAACUAAUAAUCACCAAAAUAAUAGAAUCUAAAAUUUUAAAAAUGUCUUGGCAUGGGGCCCCCAUUGAUUUUGUUAUGUUUGAGUCACUCAGAUGGCAUAAGAACAAGGCAUAAGUCAUGGUUAAAUGUGUGUAAUUGAAGGAAAUUAGCUUUAAAACUGCAAUUCUUAACGUUAAUGAUUAACGACACACCCCUAGUCCGCACGAACACACAGUUCAGUCAUUCAUCACGUUGGGUUAAAAGGACUUUUGGUCUCGUUUCGAGAUGGGGAAAUGCUGUGAAUGUGGGGGCUCUCAAGUAGGCCUAGUGUCUUUCAUCUUUCAACACGAUGAAGUAUGAUUCAGCCAUGCAUAUUUCUGAAAUAUGUUUUGUUGAAGGCAGACAGCAUAUUCAUUAGGCUAGGGGCCUACUUUGUUUCAUGUUUAACAAAAGCCUGCCCACCUAGUUUGAAUUUUCAUCUAGUUUAAGCUCACAGGGCAAAAGAAAAGACGCGCCAAAUGCGGCUAUCUACUGGUUAAAAAGCAAAUAAUAUUCGCUUUCUAAUGCUUGUAAUUAUAUGUCCGAACUCCCAUUAGAAAGGGAUUAACACCCUGUUGAAACGGGAGCGAUGUUUCCCCUAUAUGCAUUUAGCAGCGGCGCACCACCACUGAUAAAUCGUGGCCAGCACAACAACAAAAAAAAGAGAAUCUUUGAGAACUAAUAAUCACCAAAAUAAUAGAAUCUAAAAUUUUAAAAAUGUCUUGGCAUGGGGCCCCCAUUGAUUUUGUUAUGUUUGAGUCACUCAGAUGGCAUAAGAACAAGGCAUAAGUCAUGGUUAAAUGUGUGUAAUUGAAGGAAAUUAGCUUUAAAACUGCAAUUCUUAACGUUAAUGAUUAACGACACACCCCUAGUCCGCACGAACACACAGUUCAGUCAUUCAUCACGUUGGGUUAAAAGGACUUUUGGUCUCGUUUCGAGAUGGGGAAAUGCUGUGAAUGUGGGGGCUCUCAAGUAGGCCUAGUGUCUUUCAUCUUUCAACACGAUGAAGUAUGAUUCAGCCAUUUUGAGUUUUUGGAAAAGCACACCUUGCAGUGUAAGGAAGCUGCCUCAGUUCGUACAUAUCCUUUACCAAAUAUGAUUAAUAAUAUGAGAUGUAGGUAGUGAUUGAACCUACCAGGUUGUUCCUGUUAAAGAUCAGACGACUUGUCAGCAAUAAUUUACUAGAUUAAGUAAUAAUAUCCUAGAUCUUGUACAUUUCAAGUGCAUGUAUGUACACAUUAGUAUUUGUAUUUGUAUUUAUUAGGGAUCUCCAUUAGCUGCUGCCGAGGCAACAGCUACUCUUCCUGGGAUCCAAACAUAUUAAAGCACUUACAUUACAUAUAAAACAAAAGAUAAAACAGUACAUCAUAUAACAUUAUUACACCACUACAUAUCCACAAUACAAAAUGUUUAAUACCACCAUACAACAAUAUCACAAUGUGUGCAUAUGCAUGUGUUUGUACCUUUUUGUGUGUGUCUCUUCACAGUCUCCUUUGUUCCAUAAGGUGUAUUUUUACAUGGAAAAAUAACCCACUCUCUUUCUUUCUGUUUGUGUCCAGAAUAUACUACUGGUAUGACGAGAGGGGGAAGAAGACUAAGUGCACUGCCCCUCAGUACGUCGACUUCGUCAUGAGUCUGGUGCAGAAGCUGGUCACAGAAGAGGAAAACUUCCCUACGAAAUAUGGUGAGUUGAGCUCUGGUCCGCUCCAGACACGCAGAGCCUCACUGUGGUCAGUCUGCAGCACUGUAGCCUCUUCUCCUCUGACGUCACACUGAAGCUGGGACUUUGUGAACUGUGCCCCUGCUGCCCUCUAAUGUCUCAAGUAGUAGAAGUCUUGAAUGUUUUUGGCACUUUAGAACUGUCUUGGCAUUGUGAUAAUAGCUUGGCAAUGCCAAACCAACUAAAAGAGACCACAUUAUUUUUAACCAUGCUCUUCCCCCUCUUCUCUCUCUCCGUGCAGGCAAAGAGUUCCCCAACUCGUUUGACUCUUUGGUAAAGAAGAUUUGCCGGUACCUCUUCCAUGUGCUGGCUCACCUCUACUGGGCUCACUUUAAGGAGACAGUGGCCCUGGACCUGCAGGGCCACUUGAACACUCUGUACGCACAUUUCAUUGUUUUCGUAAGGGAAUUCAACCUAGUCGACCCCAAGGAGACCUGUAUCAUGGACGACCUGUCCGAAAUCCUCUGCGCCCCCGCGCCCCCCACCCCAGCGCCCGCCGCCCCUUCCUCCCCCACAUCAGCUCCCUCCCCCUCCUCACACAACCACAUGACGGAGAGAUGAGCAGGGGUUGCCGCGACAAGCAGCCCCGGGAAGAAGACGGUAGAAGAUUAAGAUAGAGAAGAGAUGGAAACGUUCCUGGUCCCCUUCCUAGACCUCAGGCUCCAGCAGCAGGACUUAGAGACCUUCCACUAACAUGAUAUUUCACUGACACCAACAGGAAGGAAGGAAGGAAGGAAGGAAGGAAGGAAGGAAGGAAGGAAGGAAGGAAGGAAGGAAGGAAGGAAGGAAGGAAGGAAGGAAGGAAGGAAGGAAGGAAGGAAGGAAGGAAGGAAGGAAGGUGGUGUUGUUUUUUGUAGGGGGGGGGUGUUGUCACGCCAACAGGAAUUGGCGUGAGCGUGUUCCUUCCAGGGGCAAAUCCCUCCCAUCUACUCUGCAAUUUAAACUAGGAACAAAUAUGUAAUGUUUUAUUUUAAUUUUGGUUUUAUUUGACUUUUAUUUUAUUCUGUUGGAAAAGUUUUAUUCAGUUUUAUGUGUUUUUUAUUUUUCUCAUUUGGGACAGUGUUUCUGUUUGCCCUUCCUUCCUUCUGUCCUCUGCCUAAAGUACAGUUCAGGAUGGUGACUGCUUUGCUUGAACAUACUAUUGUACAGUGUUGUUAUUGUGUGGAGAAAAGCUGACUCAAAUAUAAGGAUUGGCUCUUCGCUCCUGUGUAGUGGUGGGAGGAUUGAAGGGGGAAGGUCUAUAGGGAGCCACGUUACUACCUGGUAGGGUAAUACUAGCCAAUCACUGUUUGGGUUGUUAAUCUGGAGAUGAUUAAAGCGCUUGCUACUCAGGACCUGAGAGAACACAAGUCACUGCUAUUAUUCUCUCUCUUUCGCGCUCUCUCUCACUUUCUCUCUCUCUCUCUCAUUCUCUCUGUCCACAAAACUACUCUCAGUCCCUUCAAUAUUACAGUUGUCAUUCUCAUAUUACUCUAGUCAUGUAUUCACCUGAUGAACCCCUCUUUAACAGCCCUGUCCCAGAGGCCACCCAUAGGGGGCAGUGUAGACGUAGGGUGGCACUGCCACACAAACAGGGAGAUAAAGAAGAAGAUAUCAAAAUUCUAUAUUAGAUAUUUAAUAUGACCAGACCUGCUAUUACAAGACAGACUGGUGCCCAUGUCUGGUUACAGGGGAGGUUGGUGGAGAGUGGAGACCUCUUCCCCAGGGAACAGAGCUGUUUGCUGGGGUGAGAUAGAGUGGCGCCCCCCCUGCCCUUUCUAGCAGCACAGGAGAAGGACAAGGACAUUGGUAAUAUCUGCAGGCCCAGAAAGGAGGAGAGAAAGGAGAAGUGUGGGGUGGUCUGCUUUACUGUCCUGUAUUGCUAAAGAGCCCGACUGUCUCUUCACGAUAACCCCUCCAGCCAAGCCCCUUGUCUUUUGGGGUUUUAUUUUCCCUUUUAAAUGAUCAAAGAGGAAACUAGUUCAUGAAAAAUUAUGUUAUCCUACACAUGUAUAGAAAACUGCACAGUAUGCUUCAUCUUCAGUGUAGAGUGGAAAGAGUCCGUUAGACAUAGCCUCUGUAUCGGGAGGACUUGGGUUUACUGUUCUCCCUUUUAUUUUAUUUAUUUUCAUUUUGUUUUGUUUGCAGGGUUCUUCAGUUCUGGCUUUCAUUUUUAUGUAUUUUAAUUAUUAACUAAGUUAAAAGCAAUUUAAUAUUUUAAGCUCUGCGGAUUAUAAUCGAAUAAAAUACAUAAAUGCCGCUUGACCUCGUGUUGUCUUCUGUCAACCUGAUGAGGUAGAUGUGUGACAUGCAUAGAAACAAGGAAAACAUGUCACUUUUCAAGGAAACUCUCCUCUGCAUAUCAUCCUUACAUAUACACACACACACACACACACAGUACAUGUCAAGUGCUUUUCAACAGGCGUUCCCUCUUUAUUUCCAAAGUCAAGCUUAGCAUAAACACAAUAUCAAAAACCAUAGUGAUUUUUACCAUAAAAGAGCAUCAUUAUGUAGAUCAGCAGUGCUCAAGUCCUCGAGGGCCACAGUGUCAGUUCUACUGGUUUUAAUCCAGGGCCGGAUAGAAAGCCUGCAGGUGGCUAGUUCUCCAGUAGGAGUGUUGGGCACCAGAACACACACUCUGGCCUCUGCCUCCGAACUGGAUACAGUACUUGCAUAACUUUGUAUAAUGUUAUAAAUCUAUCAAACUGCAUUCCAUCAUACAUGUGCAUAUGUUUUCAUUUAGGACCCUGAUUUAAGAAGGUAUUUGAUACGUGCUUAUUGUGGGAUUGAUAAAACGGCAUGACAUUCAGGCCCCUAACAUCACCUAAUGCUUCAGGUAAUGUCGCGUUCACAUUGCAGUCUAUAUAGGGCCAUGUGACUAUUAGGCUACAAUGUUCUUUGAUCCUGGUCUUGACUAUACCCACAGGCUGUGAAGGCUUUUGUUCUAGUCCAGCACUGAGUGCUAAUUACGGGGGUGGGGAGGGGAAUCAACUCCCCUGAAUGAGGGGGGGGGGGGGCGGCUCAACCCCCUGAAUGAGAGAAUACGCUUCUUAGAAUUGCUUUCAAUGAGAAUGGCAGAUCUAUAACUCACAUUUCUAUGAGUCAUAAUACCCGGGUCUCACAAAAAGUUACAUAUUGCAGCUUUAAAUGCAACAAAAGACACAUUUUCGGAGGGUUCUAAAUAAUGCUAAUUUAACCAUUCUAUUUAUUUAAAGUGCCAAUGCAUCCGUUUUUAUCUCGAUUUCAAAUCAUUUCUGGGUAACAACUAAGUACCUUACUGUGAUUAUUUUCAUAUAAAAUGGUCACAAAGAAACAAAAAAGGCUUCUUAGCGAAGAUACAUUUCUCAAGCAAGAAUCCCUGCAAGCUCCUCCACGUCACCUCUAGCUGACCGCUUUACUAACAGGUGGUGUGUCAAUUUAAAACUUGCACAAGACAGUUCACAGAAUUGUCCAUUUAAAGACGUUUUGCCAAUUUAUUCAUUACUAAAUUGACCUAACAUUACAUGUUAAUCCAGAGAUUCUUACCUUUGCCUCGAUUCGGCAGUCUCGUUCAGAUCAUGGCAUUUGUCGUUCUAUAUGAUAGACACAGCAGCUAAUUAGUAUUUUAUUUGUGGGUAAAUACAGGGAAAUAUUUUGAUAAAAGUCACCUUGUCCUAGAGAGAUUUACACGGUUAUCAAAACGUCACUCCUGGGUAAGCCUACACGAAGCACAGCCCAUAUUUUAAGUGUUUCUACAAUCUCCUAUGGGGAAAAAUUAAUGGUGGAAAAACGAUUGGAACCAUUUCCUUGUUUGACCGCUAGGUUUUAUGGGUAUUAUGACUCAUACUAUGGUACUCUAUUUCUUGCACAAACACACACAAAUCAGAACCAUGGCCAGACUAAGCAUAGGUGAUUUGUUGAAGUUGAAAUGGUGCUGCUCCUGUUUUCUUUGCAACUUGCAGUAACUCUCCAUGGUUGUUUAGUAGUCCGAAAAUGUCGGAAACAUUAACUUUCUUGACUAUGGUCAUGUAACUGUUUGUUAUAUGCUUUAUGGACUUCACCGGACAGAGGUUGCUCUCCGGUUUUGUGAUGAAACAAAGGUGUGGUUGAAUUUAUUCUGCCACUGUGUCUUCUUAUUGUCUCAGCCUUAGGCAUAUAUCACGGUCGCAAGGCAUAUGAACUUACAGGUUAUAGAGCAAACAAUGCAAUUAUCACAACACAUACAGUGGGGAGAACAAGUAUUUGAUACACUGCCGAUUUUGCAGGUUUUCCUACUUACAAAGCAUGUAGAGGUCUGUCAUUUUUAUCAUAGGUACACUUCAACUGUGAGAGACGGAAUCUAAAACAAAAAUCCAGAAAAUCACAUUGUAUGAUUUUUAAGUCAUUAAUUUGCAUUUUAUUGCAUGACAUAAGUAUUUGAUACAUCAGAAAAGCAGAACUUAAUAUUUGGUACAGAAACCUUUGUUUGCAAUUACAGAGAUCAUACGUUUCCUGUAGGUCUUGACCAGGUUUGCACACACUGCAGCAGGGAUUUUGGCCCACUCCUCCAUACAGACCUUCUCCAGAUCCUUCAGGUUUCGGGGCUGUCGCUGGGCAAUACGGACUUUCAGCUCCAUCCAAAGAUUUUCUAUUGGGUUCAGGUCUGGAGACUGGCUAGGCCACUCCAGGACCUUGAGAUGCUUCUUACGGAGCCACUCCUUAGUUGCCCUGGCUGUGUGUUUCGGGUCGUUGUCAUGCUGGAAGACCCAGCCACGACCCAUCUUCAAUGCUCUUACUGAGGGAAGGAGGUUGUUGGCCAAGAUCUCGCGAUACAUGGCCCCAUCCAUCCUCCCCUCAAUACGGUGCAGUCAUCCUAUCCCCUUUGCAGAAAAACAUCUCCAAAGAAUGAUGUUUCCACCUCCAUGCUUCACAGUUGGGAUGGUGUUCUUGGGGUUGUACUCAUCCUUCUUCUUCCUCCAAACACGGCGAGGGGAGUUUAGACCAAAAAGCUCUAUUUUUGUCUCAUCAGACCACAUGACCUUCUCCCAUUCCUCCUCUGGAUCAUCCAGAUGGUCAUUGGCAAACUUAAGACGGGCCUGGACAUGCGCUGGCUUGAGCAGGGGGACCUUACUAAUGGUUUUCUUUGAGACUGUGGUCCCAGCUCUCUUCAGGUCAUUGACCAGCUCCUGCCGUGUAGUUAUGGGCUGAUCCCUCACCUUCCUCAUGAUCAUUGAUGCCCCAUGAGGUGAGAUCUUGCAUGGAGCCCCCAGACCGAGGGUGAUUGACCGUCAUCUUGAACUUCUUCCAUUUUCUAAUAAUUGCGCCAACAGUUGUUUAAUUCUCACCAAGCUGCUUGCCUAUUGUCCUGUAGCCCAUCCCAGCCUUGUGCAGGUCUACAAUUUUAUCCCUGAUGUCCUUACACAGCUCUCUGGUCUUGGCCAUUGUGGAGAGGUUGGAGUCUUUGAUUGAGUGUGUGGACAGGUGUCUUUUAUACAGGUAACAAGUCCAAACAGGUGCAGUUAAUACAGGUAAUGAGUGGAGAAAAGGAGGGCUUCUUAAAGAAAAACUAACAGGUCUGUGAGAGCCGGAAUACUUACUGGUUGGUAGGUGAUCAAAUACUUAUGUCAUGCAAUAAAAUGCUAAUAAAUUACUUAAAAAUCAUACAAUGUGAUUUUCUGGAUUUUUGUUUUAGAUUCCGUCUCUCACAGUUGAAGUGUACCUAUGAUACAUAUUACAGACCUCUACAUGCUUUGUAAGUAGGAAAACCUGCAAAAUCGGCAGUGUAUCAAAUACUUCUUCUCCCCACUGUAUGUUGUAAUAUGGAUUUUUCUUUUCUGGCUUCCCCGGUGAUUUUACCCACUCACCGCUAUUGCUAACGUCCUUGGUUGAAGCAGGUGUGUUAGGACUGGGCAAGAAAAAAAAGUCUGCACACCCUAUAGGUGCCAUUGUACAGAAUAAGAACACUGCUAGGACAUAAUAAACAUUUCAUUUCUGUAGUAUACAGAAAGAUCCAUUAAAAUUCAAUAGGUAAUACAAAUAUAUUACUUUCAUAUACAAAAUGCAAUGGCAAUAUCAACUCCUUUAUACCUGUAAAAGUACGCUAUUUAGGCUAGUGGGCUGAUGGUGCUGUAUUGCUUCAUGCGCAGUGAGAGCCGCCGCCUUCUCACGGACGGCCGCGGGGUCGCGUGCUCGUGCAGUUUAAACCUGGCGAUGCCUCCCUCCUCAUCCAGCUUCUUGGCACUGCUGCUGGGUGUCGCUACUCUAACUGUGUUCCCGAAUUUAGAAUAG